AAAUAACAUCCGAUAUUUAUGUCAUUUAUCUUUUCUGUAUUGAUAAUAUGAAAGGGUUAGUUUGAGAUAUAUAUUAGUAUAAAAUUAUUAUACAAAUUUGAUACUUUGAAAACAACAUAGAAAAGAUGCAAAUAGAAUUAGUUUGAAGAGAAAUGAGAGUUAAAGCAUCAAAAUAGGAAGAGUGGUGUGGCCAUCACUUGUUCAAAAAUUGAGCGAAUAACAAAGGAGCUGUAAAUUCGGAGCUAUGGAAUAAUCACGUCCACACCUCUUUGUAUAUAGUUACACAUUCAUUCGCAAUCUCUCCAGAUCGAUUUCCUAAUUCUAUAUUCACAAUUUUGCGUAGCUGAAAAACUAGUUUAAAAUGGCGGAAGCCGAGGAUAUCCAACCACUCGUCUGUGAUAAUGGAACUGGAAUGGUUAAGGCUGGCUUUGCUGGAGAUGAUGCUCCACGAGCUGUGUUCCCUAGUAUUGUAGGGAGGCCCCGCCACACCGGUGUGAUGGUUGGUAUGGGCCAGAAAGAUGCAUAUGUUGGGGACGAGGCUCAGUCGAAGAGAGGUAUUCUAACUUUGAAGUACCCCAUCGAGCAUGGUAUUGUCAACAAUUGGGAUGACAUGGAGAAGAUUUGGCAUCACACGUUCUACAACGAGCUCCGUGUGGCCCCAGAGGAGCACCCCAUCCUUCUCACAGAAGCACCCCUGAAUCCAAAGGCUAACAGGGAGAAGAUGACUCAGAUCAUGUUUGAGACAUUCAAUGCCCCUGCCAUGUAUGUCGCUAUCCAGGCCGUCCUGUCCCUGUAUGCUAGUGGACGAACCACUGGUAUUGUGCUGGAUUCUGGUGAUGGUGUGAGUCACACUGUCCCUAUCUAUGAGGGUUACUCCCUCCCACAUGCCAUCCUUCGUCUGGACUUGGCUGGACGUGAUCUUACUGACUACCUGAUGAAGAUUCUGACUGAGCGUGGUUACUCAUUCACCACCUCAGCAGAGCGAGAAAUUGUGAGGGACAUGAAGGAGAAGCUGUCCUACAUUGCUCUUGACUACGAGCAGGAGCUCGAGACUGCAAGAACCAGCUCCUCUGUUGAGAAGAGCUUCGAGCUGCCUGAUGGGCAGGUCAUUACCAUUGGUAAUGAACGUUUUCGUUGCCCUGAGGUCCUCUUCCAGCCUGCAAUGAUCGGUAUGGAAGCAGCGGGUAUCCAUGAGACCACCUACAACUCCAUCAUGAAGUGCGACGUGGAUAUUAGGAAGGAUCUCUACAGCAACAUUGUUCUCAGUGGAGGUACUACUAUGUUCACUGGUAUUGCUGAUAGAAUGAGCAAGGAGAUCACCGCCCUCGCUCCCAGCAGCAUGAAGAUUAAGGUCGUCGCUCCUCCUGAGAGGAAAUACAGUGUCUGGAUUGGAGGCUCCAUUUUGGCCUCUCUCAGUACCUUCCAACAGAUGUGGAUAUCCAAAUCCGAAUAUGAUGAGUCGGGUCCAUCCAUUGUUCACAGGAAAUGUUUCUAAGCAGGCCAUCUCACAAGGUUUUGGCACUGGUGAUCUAUCGGUGGUCAGGAUCAAUUUUUGGAUUUUAAUUUUCAUUGAGAUGGUAAAGAGUUUUUUUGCUUCAUUGUUCCUAUUCUUUAAUUUGUUCUUCGUUUAGCUACAAAAAAAUCGGUAUGGAAAGUAGAUGUCCGAUAACAUGGGCAUGUCCUGGUAAAAGUUAGAUGAAUAACUUGACGUUCCAGUUCGAUUGUGGAAGAGUAGAAGUCCAUGCUACUAUAGAUGAGGUCUUGAUCAUUUUCUGGGUGGAGUAUUUGUUGGUUCAUCUUGAGCUGGUGCUAAGAGCGCACUGUAUGCCAUCUCUGCAACUCAUGUCGCGCUCUGCUGUUUUUCCUCAAAUCUACAAGGGAUGUUAAGAGAAAUAAAUUAGAAUGGAUUUGUAUUCUUUUAUGCUUUCAUUACAUCUUUUAGUGUGUAGAUUUUGUUCGAGAUUCUUAAUAAAAUGUUGCGUUAUUUCAUUGGCAGAAA